GACAGCCUCUCAGCUGGGCUGCCUUGUGCAGGUGCCACCUGGGAGCUGCUGAACCUGCUCCACCUCAGCACCCACCAGGGCUCAGCUCCACAGGCUGCACUGCAUCUGUUUGGGACAGCACUCAGUGAGGCAGAAAUGCUGAGCUUCUGCAGGGGGGCUGAUGGGGCUGAUCAGUGCUAGCCGAGCGCUUCACUGAAUGGAUCCGGGGCGGGAUGAGCGGCGGGCCCCGGGGAGCGGCUCCAGGGCGCCCUGAGGGAUUCUCCCCUGAGAACACCAUGGCAGAGGGGGCCAGCUCGGAGCAGGAGCCUUCCACCACCACGGUCAGCUCGGUGGCCGUGCAGGCUGGGGAUGCCAGCGUUGUUAUCGCCGUGCUCAAGUGUGGGAAAUGGGUGAAGCUCCAGCUAGCAGAAUCAACACCGAAUAUAUUAGAAAUUGGCAGCAAUCAAGAUGAGGCUAAAAAAUUACUUCAGGAUCAUGAGUUCCUCCUAUCCAAGCUGAAGGCUUUGGAAGACAAGGUGUGGGACCUGCUUCAUGAAGCAGACAAGGUUGCAGAGGAGAACAAAGAAAGGAGUCAGGUUUAUGAUGCCAUGGCAGAGACCCUUGGGGAUGCAUGGGAUGCUCUCAUCAUUAUGUUAGAGAAGAGACAGGCACUUCUGGAACUUACUUCAGUGUUCUUUGAAAAUGCUCUGGAGUUUGCUGUUAAAAUUGACCAAGUUGAAGAUUUCCUGAAAAAUGCUCAAGAGUUUGAUAAUAUUGACUCUUUGAGAGAACUUCUUCUGCAACAAGAGCAUCAUACAAAAGAACUUUUGGAGAAGUCACUUGCUCUUCUAAACAAAAGCCAAGACCUAACCCAAUUCAUAGAAGAAUUCAAGUGUGAGGGGCCAAAUGCAAACCCAGAGCUGAUUCAAGGAGCCCACAGCAGCUGCUUGAAGAUUGACAAUCUCCUUGAGAUGCUCCAGGACCGGAGGCGGCAGCUGGAGAAAUUCCUCCGGCAGCAGCGCCAGGGGCUGGAGCAGGUGCUGCAGAUCUGUUUGUGGCACCAGCAAGAGAACCAGGUAACAUCUUGGUAUAAGAAAAACAUCAGAGAUUACUUUCAGAAGCAAAACUUAGGCUCAUCACUAUUGGAAAAUGAAGAGUUACUUCAGGAACUUGAAGAAAUGGAAGUCAAAGUGAAAGAAUGGAAUUACACUGUGGAACAAUUGGAAGGUGAAGCAUUUAGGAUCUUGCUUGCAGAGGACUACACAGAAAAAGAACAUCUAAAACUUUCAAAUCAGAAAAUCUGUCAGUUGCAAGAAGAAGUGUGCUUCCAUAUGCAAGAAAGAAAAGCCCUGCUGCAAGAAGCCAAUGACUUUUUUCAUGCUGCUGGCAAGGUGCUUGAUGUUCUUGAAAGUAUUGAGAAUUACCAUAAAAUCUCUAUUUCAGAAGGGUUACAUUUACCCCUAUUGACACUGAAGUACAAGGAAUUGCAGGAAGCAAUUAAAGGUUGUACAGCAACUACCAUGCAAAAGGGACAAACUUUAGUUAAUAAAGCAGAUUCCCACAGUUCUUGGGUGGCAGGAAUUCAGGAAAUGAUGGAAUAUGUUAAAAAAAAAGUAGAUUUAAUCAGCCAGUGUCCAGAUUAUGAAGAGCUUACUUUGAAGAAACAGCAAUGGACUGCCUCACUUGAAGAUCAUCUGGAUAAGGUGUCACAAUCAAUUAGGAGACUCGCCCCGCUGCUCGCAGUUGGAAUGGAGAUUGGCUCCUAUUUGUGGGAGUCAGAAAGAGUUUUGAACAAACACCUUGAACUGGCCAAACAAACAAAGGAAACUUCUUGUGAACUGAAAGCAGCUGAGGGAAUCAUCAAAAAUAUGGAAGAGUUGGAACCUGAGCAGGUGGCGGCUUUUUCUAGCAGAGUUGACUUUCUGAAUAAAGAACUGAAAAAAAUUGAAAAAAAUAUUAGUUCAAAGCUAGAAAUUCUAGAGACUUAUGUGGCCUUUUUACAAUCAGCUGUAGAGGUGAAUGAUGAUAUUAAUAAUCUGAAGGAAUUCUAUAAUUCAAAACCCCUACCAACAAACAGAGAGACUGAAAAUAAAAUUGCAGUAGAGUCAGCUAAUACUCAGUGGCAAAAGACUAUAAAGAAGACUUUUUCCACCCAAGAUAUGGGUUGCUCUUUUCUUAAUUUAGUGAAUGUGGUAAAUCAGCGUUUAAUAUUAGAAGUAGAAAAAUCGAUAAAAGUAACAGAAGAUAUCAUUAUUAAUCUGAAUAAAGAAAGGAAAGAGCUGACUGAUCUUUGGGCAAUCUGGAAUUUUAAAAUCACUCAAUUAAAACCCAUCAAGCAACAGUGCCAGAUAUUUAAAGAACAACUAAAAAUCACUACCCGUGGAUUAGAGAUUCUUCAAGAGGCCCUCCAGCUUGCAGUACCAGUUGACCUUGGAAGUGACAUUUUAAUUGUUUUGGAGCUACAGAAAAAGCUGAACCAAAUAAAACCACACUAUGAGCAACUGAAUGCUGAGCUUGAGUACCUGAUAAAAUUAUUGGAAUUGCCAAGCCUGAAAGGAUUUCCUGUGAAAGAGAAUUCUGAGAGAAUAAGUGAGCUUAUUCAUUUCCAUCAAACAGUCAAGGAUGCAAUAAUAGAAUAUGAUGAGAUUUUCAGCAAGACAGUCAAAUUCCAUCACAUUAAAAAAGAACUGGAAUGCCUAUCAAAAUCAGGAGAACUGGAUAUUCCUGAAAUAUGUGGGGACCCUGAAAAUGUGCACCAGGCUAAAGCCUACCUUGUGAAUUCUCAGGAGAAACAUGCACAUAUUAGACAGCUGUAUACUCUGCUUAUUACCCAGGGAGUGGAUAUCUUGUCUGCAGUGCAGCAACCUAAUUGCUUGAAUGUUUCUGUAAAGAAUCUGAAGCAAGAACUUGCUAGAUUUGAGUGUGAUAGCAUAAACUGGAGCUCCAGAGCUGAAAAGUAUGAGGAAAAGCUGUCACAGUAUUUCCAACACUGCACCACUCAAGAGGAUAUAAAUGAGCUCAGAGAAUCAUUUAAGGAUCUCAAAAAGAAAUUCAACAAUUUAAAGUUUAACUACAUGAAGAAAACAGAAAAAGCUCGAAAUAUGAAAGUACUUAAAAUCCAGAUUCAGCAAGUUGAGACAUAUGCAGAGAAGCUACAGAUUCUUAGAAAGAAGAUGGACAAUUUAGAGAAGAAAGUCUUUGACCCUUUUGCAAAUGAACCUAAUGCUAAAGUCCAAGUUCUCUUGGGCUCAAUCAGUGAUUUACAAAAACAACUGAAUGAUUUUAACGUGGUUGUGGAAGAUUACAAGCAAAAUCUGGAUCUCAUGGAGCAUCUGCAGCAGAUGAUGAAAGAGUGUCAAUUUUGGUUUGAAGAUGUGAGUGCAACAGUGAUUAGAGUCGGCAACUACUCUGCAGAAUGCAAAACAAGAGAAGCAAUAGAGACUCUCCAUAAGCAGUUCAAUAAAUUCAUUGAACCUGCAGUGCCUCAACAAGAAGAAAAAAUCCAGCAGAUUAUGGACCUUGCUAGACAGUUAUAUGGUAUUGAAGAAGGAAAGAAGUAUGUUGAAAAAACCGUAUUAAAGUAUGAAGAAAUCAUGAAUUCUGUUGAUGGGUUGUGUAGAUCUCUGAGAGAACUUAAGGAGAUAAAGAAAGUUGAUUUUUCUGAAGAGUUGAUUACUGUUAAAACAGAAGAAAGACAUGGUCAGGAAGCAUGUGAGACUGUGAAAGUGGAGCAAAAGCAGCAGAUGGCACCAGGUGAACUGCUUACAAAUUCAGAAAGCAUUGCUGAGAAGAGAAGCAAUACUCUGUAUCCUCCAGGCACUAAACAAUUGGAGGAGAGGAAUAUGUUGGCUGAUAUUUCAGUUAUCUGUCCAGCUGGUGAGGAUCUUGUUUCACAGGAUACAGAGCAGUCAUCUUCAGCCAAAGAGGAUAGUUUGCAGAGUGAAUUCCUGGCAGAAGAAACACCCUCUGGAGAUGAAUAUGAGUACGCCAGCAGAAGCUGUCAGAGGCAGAUGGUUACCCGAGAAGAGAUUAAAAGUUCUUCAGAAAAGAACAGCAUGGCCAGCCUAACUGGACAGGCGCCUAACUUCUCCCAGCUUCUGUCUAACAAAACCGUCCUGGAAGGAUCUCCAGUAACUUUGGAAGUAGAAGUAACGGGAUUCCCAGAGCCUACACUGACAUGGUACAAGAAGGGCCAGAAACUGACUGCAGAUGAGCACUUAAAGCUUUUGCAAAAGGAGACAAAGCAUACUUUGUUCAUUCAGAAGGUGUGUGAUAAAGAUGCUGGCCUCUAUGUUGUUCGGGCUAAAAAUCUGAACGGCACUAUCUCCUCAAGUGCCAUUCUCCACGUGCAAGUACAAGGAAAACAGCCAAACUUCAUACAAAAGUUUGGACAUAGAACUCUGCAAGAAGGAGAAGAUUUAAUCCUGCAUUGCACUAUACAUGGGAAGCCCAAACCACAUGUCUACUGGACAAAGGAUGAUAUCCAAGUGGUAUCUGGAGAUAUCAGUAUUGAGAAAUUAGGAGAUACCUACUACCUUUUAAAAAGAAAUGUAGUCCUUGCUGAUACUGGGAAAUACAUCUGUGUUGCCAGCAAUGAGAUUGGAAAUGCCCACUGUUCUGCCUUUGUGACAGUGAUAGGGAAAAACAAAUCCCCCAAACCUUCCAGUGUAAGUCAGGCUAAACCAGAAUGUGAAGAUGGGUACUUUUCUGAAGAAGUGCAUGUCACCACAACAGAGCUAGUGCAAGCCCAGGGCACACCAUGGGAGAGAGAGGAAAGGCCAGUGGCUAAAUGUACUCCAGCAAGGUUUAAAGAGAAACUCUGGUUUCAAGGAGUGCAUCUUGAACUUGAGAGGCCAUAGCAGAUGAACUUCAAUUUGAGACAUGAUCCUAUUCUUCUGCCUGAUGCAGUGGAACAGAAGAUGCACUGAACUGCAAGAUGCCUGAUUCCUGAGCAUGUUUGUGUUGUUUGCUGUGUCCAUUAGUAGAUAUUGGCCAUGGGUGAGGAGCAGAUUAAUUUUUGGUGCUAUCCAAUAUAUAUCUAGAUUCAAAUUUGUAUUUUGUUUAUUUACAAAUAAAUAAUUAUUAAAAUUC